AAAACGAGAGCAACGGGUAAUUGAACUAGCACUGGAACACUGGCAUAAUAUCACGUGCCUCAAUUUCGAGCGUAGAGAUGACGAGAUACGUGGGAAUCGUAUCGUCUUCACGGAUGUCGAUGGUUGUGCUUCCAAUGUUGGCAGACAUCCGCUCGGCGAGCCUCAGUUUGUCUCGUUAGCACCCGAAUGCAUUCGGUUAGGUGUAAUAGCUCAUGAAGUUGCGCACGCUCUGGGUUUCUGGCAUGAGCAAUCUCGACCGGAUCGUGAUAAUUACGUGACAGUGAGGUGGGAGAACAUCGAUCGCGAUAGCAAGGGGCAAUUUUUGAAGGAACUGCCAACUGAUGUGGACAACGGUGGAGUACCAUAUGAUUACGGCAGUAUCAUGCACUACAGGUAA